GUCAAAAUGGUGACAAAGUAUCUCCUACUGAUUGCAUUUCUGGCAACUGUGCGAGGAGAAGUAGGUCCAACUGUUGGACGUAGAGCUCCUUAUGCCCCAGCUGGUUGGCAUCCGCGGGUUCCAUUUAACCUACCCAAUGAGUACGUACCUCCUGUUCGUCAAAGUGUGGAAAUCACCAAGGCACGAGUUGACCAAAUCGAACCAGUGGAUAAACCUCAAUCGAACUAUCUGCCCCCUCAACAACUGGAUAUUCCCGAUGGAGAGAUUCUACCCAGCUCCCGACCGGUGAAUCAGUACGGCCCACCAGAUCCUAAAUUUAAAAUCAUAUAUCCCGAUGAGGAAGAGCCAGUUACUGUAAAGGAGUCCACAGACAACCAGCAACCGAAAAUCAGAGAAGGACGUUACUUCGUCAUAUCGCAGGAUAAUAAACUACAGAGAGUUACUUUCAGCUCACAGCAAAACGACGAUGACGAGGACUUUACGGCUCAGUUGAGUUAUUCAACUGUGGGACAGCUCAAGGAUCCAGUCUAUAGAUACAACAACCAAGGACAGUUGGAAAGAGUCCUGAAGUAAAUAUUUUGGAUAUCAUUUUUUGAAUUGAAUUAAAUAAUUAAAAUAACCAAUCGAAUUAUUUUCUAACUCUAAGGUUUUCAUUCUGUAAUAAUUAUAUAAUAAAAAAAAUGAUUU